GCUUUUUCAUAUGCUUUAUUUCCCAUGAAAACUUUUAGAAUAAGGAGUAAAAUAGUAAUUCAUCGAUGUCGAGAACGAGGAUCCAUGGCAAAGUUACUUGAGCGACCUUUUGAAAACUCUAUUAAUUGUACUUUUCCAAGCCAAGGAUAA